AUCGAAUAUGGGUUUUUUUGUGUGUGCAAAGUCUUGCCUGUUCCAAUAUGGCUGACUGACGUAUUCCUUUGCCAUUAUUGGGCAUGCGCAUAAUUUUUCAAGGCGGGCUCUACUGGUGGGGGCGUGACACUUGCAAGACACCUUGUUGAACUAAACUAGUCUUUUACAAGUCACCGUACAGCCUUUAGCCUGCUAGCUUCUCACCACGUUCCCAAGUCUUUUUAGUUCCGAUUUUAUUAGUUUUUUUGUUGUUUUCUUGUUUUGUUUUUGUUUAUUUUACCAUUACAAGUCUACGCACAAACUGACGACUGGUUCGUUGGACUGUGAACGCUUGGAACACCUGUGACACUUUCUUGUCAGGACGUGAGAUUUUGGGCUUCUACUGACGGUUAUUUGUUCAUUUUUGUUCGAAGAUUGGAAUUUGUCUUGUGUCGCCUGGAUGAAAAUGGAUUGUGGGCAGUAAACACCUUGACCUGCAUUCAGGUGUGUGCCCUGGUUCCAACGAUUAGAAUAGAGGUACGAGACCUGUGAGGGCACACCGUCGCAGCAUGGCAAAGUGUUGGCGUGUGUGUGAUUUCCUACUGACUCCUGGGUCCCGAGUCACGGAGUGUGUGUCGGGAUUCGACUUAAAAGAAACAUUGGAGCGCCGCAAUGUGUCGGCUGUUACAGCCACACAGGUACCAACAAGAAGGGCAGCUACAUAUUGCCAGGAAGAGACAAUUCCCCAAAAGCUCAAUCUAAUGCCCUGGUUCCAUGGCAAAAUAGCACGAGUGGAAGUCGAGAAAUUGCUCUACCCUCCAACGAAUGGCAGAUACCUGGUGCGGGAGAGUGCAAACUAUCCCGGAAACUACACGCUGUGUUUGAGCAAUGACAACACAGUGGAGUACUACCGUAUCACUUACUCCGAUGGCAAGUUUUUCAUAGAGGACACUCAGCGCUUUGACACCCUCAUCCAACUGAUAGAGCACUACGAACAAGAUGCUGAUGGUCUCUGCAGCAAACUAAUUGAGCCACAGUUGAAGAAGGAGAUUCUAGAUGUCCAAAGAGAAUUUGUGAGAGGUGGCUGGGUGCUGAACAGAAAUGACCUCAAAUUAGAGAAAGUAAUUGGAAGGGGAGAGUUUGGAGAAGUUAAGGUGGCUGACUACAAGGGGACUAAAGUAGCUGUGAAAUGCAUUAAAAAUGAUGCUACUGCGCAGGCCUUUAUAUCAGAGGCUUCUGUCAUGACGAAACUACAUCACAAUAACUUGGUGAAGCUGCAUGGAGUGAUCGCAGAGGAGGACGGCAGUUUAUUCAUCAUCACUGAAUACAUGACAAAGGGUGCCUUGGUGGACUACCUACGUUCCAGAGGAAGGGCUGUACUCUGUGAAGUUGCUCUUCUUAGAUUUUCAUUACAUGUGUGUGAUGCCAUGUCGUAUUUGGAGGCCAAUAACUUUGUCCACCGCGACCUGGCAGCUCGUAAUGUUCUUUUGACCGAGGACCAUGUGGCUAAAGUCAGCGACUUUGGUUUGACCAAGAAGGUGUCUUCCGUUGAGGCCAUGAACAAAAUGCCUGUGAAGUGGACUUCGCCAGAGGCCCUCAGAGAGCAAAAAUUCUCCACCAAAUCGGAUGUUUGGAGUUACGGUGUUUUGCUUUGGGAGAUUUUCUCAUUUGGUCGAAUUCCUUAUCCAAAAGUUCAAUUAAAAGACGUGGGGCUUUUAUUGGAGAGCGGAUUCCGGAUGCCUCCUCCAGACAGAUGUCCUGCAGAUCUCUACAACAUCAUGAAGCAGUGCUGGCAGCUGGAUCCUGCUCGUCGCCCAAAUUUUAAACAGUUGAUGGAGCAGCUGCUAAAUAUCCGCAAGGGCUUCCGUAGAAAUCACACGCUGGUGUGACCCAGCCAUCUGUAUGGUGUCGCCUACUGUUGUUUGGACUCUAACGUGGGAAGAAAACAAAUACCUCCAUUGACCAUCAUUUGACGAUGUUCACAACGUAUUACAGCAUUGAUAACAUGUUCUUUUGUUGCUUUUACACCAAUGACAAUUUUAUUGGCUGUUUUGAGAAGUGUCAUGUCUUAAGUACAUCUUCCUACAUUCUCUGAAUGUUUAUGAGCCUUUUUGUGGACGAUUAUGACAAUAUUUGGCAACACUGACAGGGGAAAUAUCUCUUAAACCACAAUUGACUGACAUUUCUCCUAUAAACACGUGAUAUGCAGCCUAUUUAAAAACAUCUAUUCAUAUUUUCUGAAUGUUUUAAACCCAAUUGCUACUGAAUAUCAACAUGUGGGAUAGAAACAAGAGCCAAUAUGAUCUUACUCUCCACAAUUGUUUUUGUUUUUUUCUCCAUGAAUGUAUUGUUUUCAUCUUGUUUGGAAAUACCCCCCCAAAAAAUACAGUAUUUUUUGGGGCAUAGUUUCUCUAACAUUUUGCGUCAAAUUGUCGAGAACGCCAAUUUUCACUUUGUGAACAACUUGUUGAACAGUUUAAGAACAACAUUUCUCAACCAGCUUUUGCAAGGAAUUUAGGGAUUUUACCAUCUACGGUCCAUAUUUUCAUCAAAAGGUUCAGAGAAUCUGGAAAAAUCACUGCACGUAAGCGACAAGGCUGAAAACCAACAUUGAAUGCCCGUGACCAUGGAUCUCUCAGGCGGUACUGCAUCAAAAAGCGAAAUCAGUGUGUAAAGGAUAUCACCAGAUGGGCUCAGGAACACUUCAGAAAACCACUGUCAGUAACUACAGUUGGUCGCUACAUCUGUAAGUGCAAGUUAAAACUCUACUAUGCAAAGCCAAAGCCAUUUAUCAACAACACCCAGAAAUGCCGCUGGCUUCGCUGGGCCCGAGCUCAAAUUGUCGAGAAGACCAAUUUUGAUUUCAAAAGAGAAAUGGUACUUUUUCUACAUUGAAAAUGUCAUAAAAUGUGGAGAAUGUCAUUGAAUGUGAAACAAUCCAUAUUUACAAAUCCAGAGUGAUUACAUGUAUAUUAAUUAUUAACCCUUUCUAAAAUAAAAUUACAAAAAUGUACAACUCACUCAUGAUGGCAAAGGAGAACAGAAUGAAAACUUCCCACAUUCUAAAAAACUAUUUAAAUCAAAUAGACAUUUAAAAGUCAUGUAUAGUAUGGCAGUGUUUUUCAACCUUUUUUGAGCCAAGGCACAUUUUUUGCGUAGAAAAAAUGCGGAGGCACACCACCAGCAGAAAUCAUGAAAAAAUUAAAACUCAGUUGACAGUAAAAAGUCGUUGUCGCAAUUGUUGGAUACGACUUUAAAGCAUAACCAAGCAUGCAUCACUAUAGCUCUUGUCUCAAAGUAGAUGUACUGUCACCACCUGUCACAUCACACCCUGACUUAUUUGGAGUUUUUUUGCUGUUUUCCUGUGUGUAGUGUUUUAGUUCUUGUCUUGCGCUCCUAUUUUGGUGGCUUUUCCUGUUUUGUUGGUAUUUUCCUGUAGCAGUUUCAUGUCUUCCUUUGAGCUAUAUUUCCCGCAUCUACUUUGUUUUAGCAAUCAAGAAUAUUUCAGCUGUUUUUAUCCUUCUUUGUGGGGACAUUGUUGAUUGUCAUGUCAUGUUCGGAUGUACAUUGUCUUUGCUCCACAGUAAGUCUUUGCUGUCGUCCAGCAUUCUGUUUUUGUUUACUUUGUAGCCAGUUCCGUUUUAGUUUCGUUCUGCAUAGCCUUCUCUAAGCUUUAAUGCCUUUUCUUAGGGGCACUCACCUUUUGUUUAUUGUUGGUUUAAGCAUUAGACACCUUUUUACCUGCACGCUGCCUCCCGCUGCUACCGGCUGCCACCUACUGAUAUGGAAGAGUAUUACACGGUUACUCUGCCGAGCUCUAGACAGCACCGACACUCCACAACAACACAUCAUUUGCAGACUAUAAUUACUGCUUUGCAAAAAAUAUUUUGAACCCAAAUAGGUGAAAUUAGAUAAUCUCCCACGGCACACCAGACUGUAUCCCUGUGCCGCGGCACAGUGGUUGAAAAACACUGUAGUACGGUGCUUUCAUUUGUUUUUUAUGUUAUUUUCUUUCCAGUACGUUUCUCUCUUGACUUGUUUGAAUUAUUAUAUUUACUGUAGAUAUUUUGGAAGAUUUUACACUUAAAAAAUUUGUACGUGCAUAUUUUUGUCGUUCUGAAAGACGGCGUUUGUUUUGUAUGUAUAGUUUUGUAACAUUAGUGAUGUGUGGUAUGAUGCUGAAAUAUCCACACUGCCGAUACCAGAUCUUUAUGCUCUAAUAUACAUCCUCACAUUAAAAUAUUGAUACUUUUUCCACCAAAACAAGUCAAAGUAUGC